UUCUGUAACACGUGCGCUCCCCUGUAGGCUUGCCUGCGACCGGCGGGUCAUCAUCCAGCUGCGUGAGCGUACUCGGGGGAACAGCGCCACGCAGCUGCAAAAGAAACUCUGUGAGGCACACACAGAGGCCUGGAUGCGGCGGUCCAUACACUACCUCAGCGUCAUGGAGCCCUUCACGUCGACGGGUGUCGUGCGCCAGUGCACCCCACCGCCGAAACCAUCGCCAGACGUGCCGCAGUACGGCUGGCUGUUGGUGGUGUACUGCCACGACAUCCUGUCUCGCCUGGAGGACGUGAAGGCCCGGGUCACCUCAGUCUUCGGAUCCAUCCUAAAGAUGGAUUCGACCAAGAAGGUGACCCGGAAGCUCGCCGGUGCCGCCGCCCAUACCGCAGCCUGGGCGACCAACGUGGGCAACGAGCACGGGCAGGUGCUAAUGUCCGUGCUCACGGCCACCGAGGGGGGUGGCCUGUUGCCCAUGGCUGCGGGGUUAAUGAGGCGGUACCGGGACGCUGGGGUAGCGCAGCCUCGCGUCCUCUAUGUCGACCGGGACUGCUGUUCGUCCCACGGGGGGUCCAAGGCAGCUGCUGCGUUCCAGGAGUGGGACAAGCUGGUGGUCCGGUUGGACAUUUGGCACCUGAUGCGACGCUACGCAUCAGGUGUCACAACCGAGAGCCACCAGCUGUACAAGCCCUUCCUGCAGCAGCUGUCUGCCAGUAUCUUCCUGUGGGACCCAGAGGACACAGCCCGGUUGCUCAACGCCAAGAGGAGGACGCUAGAGGCGCAGGGGAUGACCUUCUCGUCCGACGCCGGAGUGUGGAGGCACGUCAGCCGCAGGGAGAUGGCUCUCCAUUGCCGUCGCCGCACGCGUGGAGCUGCGGCGACCGAGCGGCUGACCGAUGACCUCCUGCAAACCUUCGGCGGUGCCAACGGGCGAGACACCUACUGA